AAUUUCGGGGAAAAAGCUUAUUUAUCGUUGAGUACCAGUAUAUAUCAAUGUACAUAACAGUUCUUAAUACUCGACCAACAUUAAUUACAUCAUCCAAUUUCAAUCUUUUGUUGUUGUUGUUGUUUUGGUUCCUAGAAACGACCGAGUAAAUUCCUCAUUUACUGUUAUUCUUACUCUCGUAUUCGACUACGUAAGACAACGAAGAGAAAAACAUGGACUCCUCAUCACGUACACAAGAUGCAGUGUGGGCAGGUUUGGAGAAUGGAGGAUCCAAGGGGACUACGGCGACUAAGGAAGUCGUCCGCCCAGGGCGAACGGCACAUACCAUGUCCUCGUCCUCUCUCAGGAGAAAAUCUGAACUUCAACUCAUUAAUAAGGUUCAAUGUGGGUUGCUGAAAAAUAUACUAACUAAUUUACAGGAAGUGUUUUUGGGUACUAAGCUUGCUGUUCUUUUUCCUGCUAUUCCCUUGGCUAUUGCUGCUCAUCAAUAUAACUUUGGAAGGGAAUGGGUGUUUGCUUUGAGUUUACUUGCACUUACACCACUUGCGGAGCGUGUGAGCUUUAUAACUGAACAAAUUGCUUGUUACACUGGUCCAACAGUUGGAGGGCUUUUGAAUGCAACAUGUGGAAAUGCUACAGAGUUAAUAAUAGCAAUUCUUGCCCUAAGUCAGAAUAAAGUAGCCUUGGUGAAGUACUCACUUCUUGGUUCCAUUCUUUCCAACCUUCUCUUGGUUCUUGGUACUUCCCUCUUUUGUGGUGGCCUUGCCAAUCUCAACAAGGAGCAAAAGUAUGAUAGGAAACAAGCAGAUGUAAACUGCUUCCUCUUAUUGCUGGGAUUAUUAUGCCACAUUUUGCCAUUGCUCUUCAAUUAUAGUGCUAAAUCUGUUCAAGAUGUAUCCAACUCAACACUAAUCCUAUCAAGAGUAAGCAGUAUAGUAAUGCUGGUGGCCUACUUUGCUUACCUUGUCUUCCAAUUAUGGACUCACAGACAAUUCUUUGAGGCUCAAGAGGAUUCUGAUGAUGAUGCAGAAACUUCUGAAGAAGUUCCUGUAAUUGGAUUUUGGAGUGGAUUUGCUUGGUUGGUUGGAAUGACUGCUGUUAUUGCAUUGCUGUCUGAGUACGUUGUUGCCACUAUUGAGACUGCUUCAGUGUCAUGGGGCGUAUCAGUGAGCUUCAUCAGCAUAAUUUUGCUACCAAUUGUAGGCAAUGCAGCUGAACAUGCUGGAGCUGUCAUUUUUGCUUUUAAGAACAAGUUGGAUAUUUCCUUGGGUGUUGCUCUAGGAUCAGCUACUCAAAUUUCCAUGUUUUUGGUUCCAUUGUGUGUUGUAGUUGCUUGGAUAAUGGGUAUCGAGAUGGAUCUUAAUUUCAACACAAUCGAAACGGGUUGUCUAGCUCUUUCCAUAAUUGUCACUGCCUUCACUUUACAGGAUGGAACUUCUCACUACAUGAAAGGAUUAGUUCUGCUGCUUUGCUACGUUGUUAUGGGGGCUUGUUUUAUUGUUCUUCGAACUCCUUCAAGCUAACCAAAUAUCAUGAACGUGGCAAAUGCAUCUACCAACAACCAAAUUUUCUAGAGGGGUUUUUUUUUUCCAAGCGGGCACCAUGGAAAAAAGGUAUCAAUGUUGAUGAACCAAGCUAAGGAUCGGAAAAGGAAUUUGUUGAUUGUUUCAUCUAAACGUACGGAUCGAUUAUGGAGUUCAUCAAAAUUCACCUACAUUAUUUUGUGCCAAAUAAAAAGGAUGAGAAUUUUUUUUAAAAAAAAAAAAAGCAAAAAAAAAAAAAAAAAAAAAAAAAAAAUGUACUCUCUGAUCAGCAAACAUAAAAAAUUAUUGGAAAGUUGCUACAGAUGCAGCCAAAGGAAGGCUGAUGGAGAUACGCAUAUAAUCGUAUAUAUAUGCAUUUCAAGAAUUUAUUUUAUAGUCUCCAUAUUACACAAAAAAUUCCAUUUUUUUGGGUAAGGAGAGUUUUUUUAAUGGAAGAAAGCUUGUAAUUUUUUUUUUCUAGAGUUUGGUUUUAUUGGAAAGUAAUAAACGACACUGUAAUUCAAUUCAAUUUAAUUUGAUUCUACUUUUUGUGCC